CUCCGAGUUAAACCCGCCGAGUCGGCGGCGCAGCGGCCGAGGCUCUCACUCUGAGAAGCGGUGUCCAGUCCCGCCCGGGCCUUCUCCCCGCUUUGGGUGGCAGGAAAGUCAGAUGAAGUCCAAAGAACGAUAGUACUGUCUUGUCAAGCCAGAAACUGUCAUAGCUCGCUUGCCUGGUGGUUUGGCAGAGCGUUAAGAUGUCCGUGGACAUGAACAGCCAAGGUUCUGACAGCAACGAGGAGGACUAUGAUCCAAACUGUGAUGAGGAAGAAGAUGAAGAUCCUGGGGACAUUGAGGGUUACUACGAAGGGGUUGCAAAUGACGUGGAGCAGCAAGGAGCAGAUUCCUUUGAUCCGGAGGAAUAUCAGUUUACCUGUCUGACUUACAAGGAGUCGGAGAGUACCCUAAAUGAGCACAUGGUCCGCUUGGCUUCUGCGUUAAAGGUAUCUCAUGCAGUGGCUAAACUUGUAUUAGUUAGCUUCCAUUGGCAGAUCUCAGAAAUUUUAGAAAGGCACACAUCUAAUUCAGUUCAAUUGCUAGUGGAAGCAAGGGUUCAGCCUGCCUCAUUCAAACACGCCAUGGUACAUUCCUCCCAGCACUGUGCCGUUUGCAUGCAGUUGGUUCGAAAGGAAAACCUAUUAUCUCUAGCCUGUCAGCAUCAGUUUUGCCGCAGCUGUUGGGAGCAGCAUUGUACCGUACUUGUCAAAGAUGGAGUGGGAGUUGGUGUCUCCUGCAUGGCUCAGGAUUGUUUGCUUCGGACCCCAGAAGAUUUUGUGUUUCCACUGCUACCUAGUGAGGAGCUGAAAGAUAAAUACAGACGCUACCUCUUCAGGGACUACAUUGAGAGCCAUUUCCAGCUGCAGCUCUGUCCUGGCGCUGACUGUCCUAUGGUCAUACAAGUGCAGGAGCCCAAAGCCCGCCGAGUGCAGUGCAAUCGCUGUAAUGAGGUUUUCUGUUUCAAAUGUCGGCAGAUGUACCACGCUCCUACAGAUUGUGCUACCAUCCGAAAAUGGCUCACUAAGUGUGCAGAUGACUCUGAAACAGCUAACUACAUCAGUGCUCACACUAAAGAUUGUCCCAAGUGCAAUAUCUGUAUUGAAAAGAAUGGUGGCUGCAAUCACAUGCAAUGUUCCAAAUGCAAGCACGACUUUUGCUGGAUGUGUCUAGGGGACUGGAAGACUCAUGGCAGCGAAUACUAUGAAUGCAGUCGGUACAAAGAGAAUCCUGAUAUUGUAAAUCAGAGUCAGCAAGCACAGGCCAGGGAGGCCCUCAAGAAGUACUUGUUCUAUUUUGAAAGGUGGGAAAACCACAACAAGAGUUUACAGUUGGAGGCGCAGACAUACCAGAGAAUUCAAGAAAAAAUCCAAGAAAGAGUUAUGAACAAUUUGGGAACGUGGAUAGAUUGGCAGUAUUUACAGAAUGCAGCAAAACUCCUAGCCAAG